CCCGGCGGGUUAGACCUGCAGGCCGCGGCCGUACGGGUCGCCUGUGGCUCCGCGGGCUCCGGCCGCACAGCAGCUGGGCCAUGGCGGGCUGCUGCGCCGUGCUGCGCGGCUUCCUGUUCGAGUACGACACGCCGCGCAUCGUGCUCAUCCGCAGCCGGAAAGUGGGGCUCAUGAACCGCGCAGUGCAGCUGCUCAUCCUGGCCUACGUCAUCGGGUGGGUGUUUGUGUGGGAAAAAGGCUACCAAGAAAUGGACUCUGUGGUCAGCUCGGUAACGACCAAAGCCAAGGGCGUGACUGUGACCAACUCUUCUAAGCUGGGAUUCCGGAUCUGGGAUGUGGCUGAUUACGUGAUUCCAGCUCAGGAGGAAAACUCCAUCUUCAUCAUGACCAACAUCAUCGCCACCAUGAACCAGACGCAGGGCCUCUGUCCUGAGUUUCCAGAUGAGUCCACCGUGUGUCAGUCAGAUGCCAACUGUUCCGCGGGCUCUGCCGGCACCCACAGCAACGGAGUGGCAACGGGAAGGUGCGUGCCUUUCAACCGGACCGUGAAGACAUGCGAGGUGGCAGCCUGGUGCCCGGUGGAGGAAGACGAGCAGGUGCCAAACCCUGCUUUUUUAAGUGCGGCGGAAAACUUCACCCUCUUGGUCAAGAACAACAUCUGGUACCCCAAGUUCAACUUCAGCAAGAGGAAUAUCCUUCCCAACACCAGUACCAGCCACCUCAAAUCCUGCAUUUACGACCCCGUCACGGAUCCCUUCUGCCCCAUCUUCCGUCUGGGGAAAAUAGUGGAGUACGCGGGACACAGCUUCCGGGACAUGGCGGUGGAGGGAGGCAUCAUGGGAAUCCAGAUCAACUGGGCCUGCAACCUGGACAGGGCCGCCGCCCUCUGCCUGCCCAAGUACUCCUUCCGCCGCCUCGACACCAGGGACACGGACCACAACGUGUCCCCCGGCUACAAUUUCAGGUUUGCCAAGUACUACAAGGACUCGGGUGGCACCGAGCACCGCACGCUCAUCAAGGCCUACGGCAUCCGCUUCGACAUCAUCGUGUUCGGAAAGGCUGGGAAAUUCGACAUCAUCCCCACCAUGAUCAACGUCGGCUCUGGCCUGGCGCUGCUGGGGGUGGCAACAGUGCUCUGUGACGUCAUUGUCCUCUACUGCAUGAAGAAGAAGUACUACUACCGGGAGAAAAAAUACAAAUAUGUGGAAGACUAUGAGCAGGGACUUGCCGGGGAACAGGAGCAGUGAGACCCCUCGGGCCCCUCUGGUGCCGUUACCUAAGCACAUCAACAAAGGAAAAAAGAUCACCCUGGGGAGAGUGUUCCAGCUUUGGAUUCAGGCUCCCCUUCCCCAGAGCCUGAAGAUGCCUUUGUUUGGGGGCGCAGGGUUUCCAUGGGAAGCCCUCUGCGUGGUAGGUCACCUCCUGCCCUGCCGGAGGAGCAGGCAAGCCCUGGCCCUGGGAAGUGGCAGUGCUCUACACCCGGGACCAGCGUCUGCAGAAUCCCCCACAAUCAUCAGAUAGCGACAGGCCCCACUGCUUGGCCGGCUCAAGCACUUUUAGAUGGGAAGGAAGGACCCUGCGUGUCAUCUCUAGAUUGGUCACCCGUGUUUUGCACACUGGGAUGGCUGUUCCCGUCCCCCACCAACAGGGAGCUGCGACACUGUGCUUACAGGUGCUAUGCCACCUGGCGUUUCGGCUCCCAGGAUCUGGCUGACUUUGCCAUCCUGCCCAGCUGCUGCCGCUGGAGAAUACGGAAAGAAUUUCCCAAGAGUGAAGGCCAGUACAGUGGCUUCAAGAACCCUUACUGAUGCCACAGGCUGAGCCGUCACUCCUGGGGCCUUUGCCUACACCUUGAGCUUCACCUGCAAAGGUCUGUGGCCAAAUUUUCAGCCAGAGGGCAAUGCACAUUCCUCCCACCUCUCUGCAGGAGUCAGAGGGCUGAGUCCUGGGAAAUCAAACAAACCAAGGGGCCUCAGCAUGGACCAUGAGCCAGGAGAUUUCGAUUUGUGUCUCAGCUCUGUCCCUAAAAAGUAAUGUGAUCCCAGGCCUUUAACCGCUGUACCUCACUCAUCUCCCCAGCCUGCUGUCUCCCGGAGGUACGUGAGCUUUCUCCUUAGUGCAGAAUGAGGAGAAUGAGUGGUCAGACUAGGAAACUGAAGAACUAUAAAGAAAGCCUUCUAGGUCCUAUUGGGAGCAUGUGGAGGAUUAAAAAUGGCCCCAAGUUAUGUGACACUUACCCCUCAGAACCUGGGGUUAGUUCUGCCCUUGCACCCGUGCCGCUCUGAUGGCUCUCGCCAAUAGUGCAGUGACAUCGCACUACUCGAUCAUUUGGGGGGCUUGAGCCUUGGAGGCUUCCACUUCCUGGCCUUGGCAGUCUGGCUGGAAAGAGAGUCAGCCCCCAGAGAAAAGUAUGCGGAUCCCGAGAUUGUCCUGCGCAGAAGACAGAGAACCUGGAAGUCACAUGAAGCAGAUUUCAGGAACUUCCAUCUCUGCUUUCCCGAGACAUCUCAGAGACCCACAAAAUGAAAUUCUGUGGGCGUUUGGUUUUGGCUUUUUGUCUUUUGGGGCCACGCUUGGCAGUGCUCAGGACUUGGUCCUGGCUCUGCUCUCAGGGAACACUCCUGGUGGGGUUCAGGGAACCAUGCGGGGUGCUAGGGAUUAAACCCAGGUUGGCCGCGUGCGAGACAGUUACUCGGUCCACUGUACUAUCUUUCUGACCUCAGAAAUCUUUUCAGCCACUACAUUUUAGAUUAAAAUGUCAAACAGUAACAGAGAACUAGAGAGGAGGCCUGAUGGUGGCUCUGCCCAUAAUUUUCCUGGUUCUAAGGCUUUCUGGGAGUCCGUUCCGCCCUUAGGGGCCCUGGGUUUCUGUUUGGUGAGUCUAGAAGGGCUAAUGGCCAAAUCAGGUAACUCACUUUUCAGCCCUGGGAUCAAAUCUCACAGCUGAGUUAUGCAAUACAGUGCAACUCGCGUCACGUUCCUGUGGUGGGAAGCAACUAACUGCUGCUGUUAGAAACUGCGAAGUUUAGCCUCGUGCCUUGAACAAACCUAGAUGGGUCCUUAAGAGCAGCCCUCCCGAACCCUUAGCAUUCCUCUGCGUCAGCCACUAUGAUAUGACAAUGGGUAUUUGUAAGCUUUAGGAUCCUCCUCCCAAAGAAUUUCCUUUUCAUUGAUUUUGAUAAUAAACUGCACUGUAGCAAUUAUUUGGAAGAAUAGAGACCACUAUUCAAUAUUAUAUGUGAUGCACGAUCUGUGAUUCCCCCACCCCCACCCCCGUACUCUUUAAGGUUUGCCAUUUUGAUA